UGGCCAAAAAAUUCCUUCUCGAUGUCACGUGUCGGAAGACUAUUAUGGGUUGGAAUAUGACGUCACUCCUGAGGUGUGGUAGUAUUUUCAAAAUGGAGGAUCACUGUGCUGGGAACUUCGGUUGACUGCGGGUUUUCUUUGUCCCAAUCGCCGUCUGAGGCCUGCUUGAAGUUGAUGUAACUGUGGGACCUUGAUCCCAUACGUUUUCUCUUUGACUGGGGCAUUAUCUACCAAAUUUGAGGCUCGUAGUGUUCCAAACUGCGUCAUCAAUUUGUUGACUUUGGAGUUGGCUCACAGAUAGUUGCAAGUUUCUUCCCACAGCAAAGUGAAACUGUUACAACAUGCCGCUCCUGGAUUUCAAGAAGAUCUUCAGCAUCAGGCAGGAGCGGAAGAAACCCAAGUAUUACCAGCAUAUCAGACGGGACGUGGACCCGAACGCGGUGUGGGAGACGAUCGGGGAGCUCGGGGACGGGGCAUUCGGCAAAGUGUACAAGGUGAAACACAAGGAGAAUGGAAACCUGGCUGCAGCCAAGAUCAUAGAAAUCAAGAAUGAGGAGGAGUUGGAGGAUUAUACCGUGGAGAUCGACAUCUUGUCGGAGUGCAGCCAUCGCCACGUGGUCGCUUUGGAUGACGCAUACUUCCACGAUGGGAAACUAUGGAUGAUGAUCGAGUUCUGUGCAGGCGGUGCCUUAGACGACAUCAUGCUAGAGUUGGACCACCCCCUGACGGAGCCUCAGAUCCGUGUGAUCUGCAGACAGAUGCUGGAGGCGCUGGACUACCUGCACACUCACCACAUCAUCCACAGGGACCUGAAGGCUGGCAACGUACUACUCACACCUGAGGGAGAUAUCAAACUGGCUGACUUUGGAGUGUCUGCAAAGAACAGCAACACAAGACAGAAGAGAGACACCUUUAUUGGAACCCCCUACUGGAUGGCCCCAGAGGUGGUGUUGUGUGAGACAGUGAAGGACACCCCGUACGACUGUAAGGCUGACAUCUGGUCCCUCGGCAUCACGCUGAUCGAGUUUGCCCAGAUGGAGCCGCCCAACCACGAGAUGCACCCCAUGAGGGUCCUCAUCAAGAUCUCCAAGUCGGAGCCUCCGCAGCUGGAGGAUCCGGGCCGCUGGUCACGAGAGUUCGCCGACUUCCUCAAACAGUGCCUGCAGAAGAUCCCUGAAGGAAGGCCGUCUGCUAGAGAGUUGCUCACGCAUCCAUUCGUGAGGACGGCAGAAGAGAAGAAGCCUAUCCGUGACCUGGUGGCGGAGGCGAAGGCAGAGGUGGUGGAGGAAGUAGUAGAGGGAGAGAAUGAUGAAGAGGAAGAGGAACCAACAACGCCACGAGACUUAAACAAGAGUCGCGAGAGUCUCCAGAGCACGGAUAGCAAGAACUCGGAUGAAGCGGCAGUGGGAGCUACAGAGAAGCCACUUGAAGAGAUCACAGAGGAGCCAGGGCCGGUCAAGAGAAAGGCCCGCCCCCCUCCUCCUGUACAGGAGGUCGUGAAGCAGGCGGACGAAGACAAGUCUUCAGAUGAAGGCAUUGGGACCAACGGCAGCACCGAGAAACUGCCUGAUAUCGGUUCAGAGAUAGCGCUACCGAGCGUGAACGAGACGCUUGUAGAGGAACGAGAAGGGUCAGAAUCUUCCGACGCCGUUCUGGCACCACCUGAAGCAUUCCGCGAUGAAAGCAAGGCACCUGGCUCGCCGAGCAAGGAAUCCAUCGAUGAGCAAACUAUAGAUUUCUCGCCAGAAUAUUCCGACGUAGACGAACUGAAAGACAGUUCGGCGAGUGUGGCAAUGGACAUUGUGAAUGGACUGCUGGAAAUUGUACACACAGAGACACAGAAGCAAGAGGGGAACGAAGCCGAGGUUAGGGAGGACAUUGGAGAAAGGGCUGCAGAACCAGAGAGCGAAAAAGAUUCAGUAACUGUCGGUGUCCUUGAGGAAGAUGCCUUACCAAAGCCACCCAGUGUUGAAAACGAUCGUUCCGAAACCAAAGACAGUCAGUCCAGAACUGAACAUUUCGAGGAUGACGUUGAGGAAAGUGCUUCAGCAGAGAUAGUUGUGAUAUUUCCUGAUGAGAAAGUUCAGCGGCUAGGGAAUGAUCAAGGGGAGUCCCAGGAUUCUCCCCACAGUGUGCCUCUGCCCUUGUCAGGAGUACUGGAGCCACAAGAGGUACCCACCAGGCACAGAAGACAGGGCUCCGGGGACGCCAAGUCAGAGAACUCAGCUGACAGUGGCAGCAUUCACACCAUGGAUAACGAGGUUCCUGAAGCCAAAGUCGAGCCAUCAAAGAAAAGAAAAGGGUCAGACGGACUGGAUCUGGAAGAGAAGAGCAGGAGGAAGAAAACCAUCAAGAAGACACGUAAGAUCGAGAUUGACGGGCGCGUGGUGACCCAGACUCAGGUCAAGGAGGUGUACGAUGAUGACAAGGACAAGAAAGUGGAGCAGUUACUGAGGAAGCAGGACCUGCGUGAGUUGAAGUUGAUGCAGCGUCAGGAGCAGCGCAGUCAGCAGGAGCUGCACAUCAAAAUCCGACAGCAGGUCGACAACACCGAGAAAAGAUUCGAACAGGAGAUGACGAACCUGACCCGGCGUUACGACACAGAGCUGGACACCCUGACCAAGCAGCAGAAACAGCACGUGGAGAAGCUGGAAGAGUCACAGACAACCGAUGUCCGACUGGCCACCAAGAGAAUACGCCAGGAGCAGGAGAAGGAGUUGAGGAAGUUCCGUGAAGAGCUGAAGCUGGAACAGAAGGAGAUGAAGCUGGAUGUUGAGCGUCUGCCCAAGUCUGAACGCAAGGACGCCAUGAGGAGGAGGAAGGAGGAGCUAGAAAUAAAACAGCAACAAAAGGAGCAGGACUUUGUGUCUCGUCAGAACCAGGCCCUGGAGCUUGCCCUGAGGAAGAUGACGGACCAGCACAGGCUGGAGCUGGCCAAGGUGGAGAGGGAGUUCCUGCAGCACAAACAGCAGCUGCUCAGGGCUCGUGAGGCGUCUGUGUGGGAACUUGAGGAGAAACACCUCCAUGAGAGACACCAGGAGACCAAACAGCACCAGAAGGACCAGUUCUUCCUCCAGAGACAGCAGCUACUGAAGAGGCAUGAGAAGGAAAUAGAGCAGGUGAACAGAAUAAAUAAUCGGGAACAGGAUGAGCUGGUCAGGCGACACACCAGCGAGAAGAGACGUCUGCCCAAGAUCCAGCGAAGCGAGGGGAAAGUCCGAGAGCAGAUGUUCAAAAAGAGCCUGCGUAUCAGCAGCAUGAGCACGCCGCAACAGGACAAGGAGAAACUCAAACAGUUCCAGACACAGGAGACGAAGCGCAUGAAAGCCGAGCAGCAGAGGCAGGAGCAGAAGCACAGCAAACAGCUGGAGGAACUGCGCUCCAGACACGACGUCACUAUGCAGGAACUGCAGCAGAUGCAGAAUGAGAAGCGGCACAUGCUGAUAGAGCACGAGACUCAGAAGCUGAAGGAAAUUGACGAGCAGCACCAGCGUGAGCUACGUGAGUGGAGGGAGAAACUGAGGCCUCGCAAAAAGAAACUUGAGGAUGAGUUUCAGCAUCAACUUCAGGAGCAGGAACAGUUCUACUCCAUGGGUCACAUGAACAAUGAGCCGGUCCCGUAUGCCGUGAUGUCAACCCCCACACUGUCCUACUGAAGUCCUGUGCUGUUGUUGAAGGCCAUGCCAAAGUUUGGUUGUGUUCGAUAAAAAUGCACGUCAGCAGAACGUACUGUGCCUGCCUCAAACCAUGGUUUCUGUUGGUUGGUUGGUUUGGUUGGUCAAUGUCGCCUCAGAAUUUUAUCCAUUGCAUGAGAUAUUUUUUCUGACACAACAUUUGAAAACUACUGAUGCCGGAUGGGAUACCAUUCUUAACUACGCGAACACAACCUCAAGCGAUGAAUUCUGUAGAAGUGCUAUACACACUACGCUCCAGAUUUCGCGCAGGUGCAGUAUGUUCUGCUGACGCACAUGUUUGUUACCAUAUGUAAAGUCAUGUGAGAUGCAUACUAUUCCAAUGUGCACAGAUAAAAAUGCAUGAUUCAAGUACAUCUGAAGUUGUAGCCUUCUUCCUAUGCAAGGAGCCAGUUGGUCACACACAUGGUUUUAUAUUACAACCUAAUCCCCACCAGAUGAUGAGAAACUGACAUGAUAUUGAACCUGGCCUCGUGCUUCACAUGUCUGUAGCCAGAAAACCUUCAGAUGUGCCUAAAAAAAAUCACAAACAUUUCCUGAUUACCAGUCACAAUGUACCCGUACAUGUUCCUGAAAUGUCUACCCAUACCUCUUGUCAAUUGUCUUGUAUAUUUAGUUUGAAGAGUCCUGAUUUACUUACAAAUGUAUUACAGCUACUGAUGCCUGGUGAUAACAUAAAUGUAGUGUACAGUUGAGGUCUUUAAAGACUUCAUCAUCUGUUAAUCGUCAUGACUAUAUCGUUUUUAUAGCAGCCUAUAUCCUAGAUAGAAAUAUAACUGGCAAAGAUGCUUUCAGACAGUUCCCGCAAUAUGUUACAAAUGAAGUUUGAUUUGGUUGGAACAGUCCAAUAGAAUGUGUUACACUCAUGAAAGACAAGUUACUAGCAACCAUUUGGGAUCACAAAGGUGCUCAGCACAAUAAGCUACGUGGGAUGAAUCUGAAAGCCACCUUUAUACUCAACCUGGUAAGACUCAGUAUCAUUACAUACCAUCUUAACUAUCCCACAAGUUUUACAACGGUGAUAACAAGUCCUUAGAUCAGUUGCUUUUACUGUAUGUCGUACACCUUAUAAUGUCUUGACAUGAUACCCUAUAAAAUGUAACAGAACCAAUAAAAUAAAAACUCAUGUAUAACUCAUGUAUUAACUGCUAGUUUAUCACAUUCAUUGAUUGUUCUUCCCUUAGUUUUUAAAAUAGUAGUUAAGUCUAUCAAUAACAAGUAGUUAACUAAUUGGGCAGCAAGUAUAUAUUAAUAUUCUUUAAAUGUGUAAGAAUUGGUUGUAUACAUACUUCACAAAGAGUAUGACUUUUCAAAAUGCUUGAAUAGAUGCUGCUGGAUAUGUACAAUGUACAUCUUGGUGCAUUUUUAUGUGAUAAUUAUUAUACUGGAUUAUUUUCA